CCUCAACUUACCUCCUCACAGCCGUUCUCCAUUGCGCCAUUCCUCUCAACUUUCCCCCAUCUCUUCUUCGUACGAGAACCACACAUGCUCGAUUCAAUGCCGCCGAUAGGUUACCAUUGGUCCCACAACUUCAGCCGACCACCACACGGCAAAUACAAGGCUCAACCCACAAUCUGGCCAUCAUCAACAACCACCAAGGACAUCAAAUCCCAACUACCAUUGCUGGUCAUUUACCCUCUAUCGACACUGCCAAUGGCCUCCUCCGAAGAAGACUUCAGUGUUGAUACCCAUGAACGAGUGAAAUGCAGGAUAUGGGCGACAACCACAAGGGAAGCAUGUGUUGUUGGCAGCGCAUGGGUAACAGCCCCGAUGGCUUCACGUGGGGUGCUCGGGUGUGGGCAACAGGACAUCUCGGGAGGCAUGAGUGCUGUUGGAUGUUGUGCUUCAUAUGGGAAACAGCUGCUAAAACCAGGCGUUGUCGAGAGUGCUGCUCGGUUAGAGCGAUCCACGUGGGAUGUAAUUACUGUCAGGCUUUGUUUGUUGGAGCAGGGCACGCGGGAUGGGUAACCUAGCUGCUCGGUCUGAUGCUUGGGUAUUGCGUGGGACAGCCCCAAGGUGCUCGGUCAGAGUGCUGUCGGGUGUAGGUGAUUAGGAACUGAUCAUUUGCUUCACACGGGGUGCUCUAUUGCUGCUGGUUGUGGGCUGCACAUGGGUCUCUUGUAAUGGGUCUCGACCGGGAUGUUGUUUGUAAUUUGGGGCUUUAUUUGGGCUUGGU